CCGCUCGCCUGCUGAAGUCACUAGCAGGCAGACACAGUCUGGCGAGCCUCUCACGCGGAUACAGGGCAAGCGAACUCUGCAAGACACCACACAAUCGCCAGGUUACGCAUCAUGUGUGACAACAAUACAGUCUAGUGGGUGUUGUGUUGUUAUUUUGUCUAUCGUGACGCAGUAUUUUUGGAGGACGAAUUGCCGAUCGUUAUAGAAGUGCACGCCGUUGCGUCUGUCCACGAGGGGUAGCUGUUUGAAACUCGACGUUGCGCUGAGGUGCAUGUGAUACAAUUCACUUUAUAGUAUUGUACCAGCCUGGAAAGCGGAGAUUUCCACGGACGGAAUAGUGCAGCCGCCAAACUGUACCCAGCAACAGCAUUCUUGCCCAUUCGCAUUUUCUUUCACGUCGGAGCACUCCUAUAAAGAGAUCAAGAAAAGAGAGAAGACGGAGUCGGACGACGGUUGGAGACUGAGUCCUUAUGAAGACCAGGCUGACAACGCCAUUGUAGAUUGUUCCUCUAACUAUGACGGGCAUGGAAGGAAACGGUAUAUUGAAACACGAGAUUCACAACGGAUUGGUACCAAUGAAUGGAAAUCAGAAUGGAACCUCUGGAAGGUCAUCACCAAAUGGUGGCGGUGGCAGUGGGGGUGAUCCAGCACCAGGAAAGCUAUUUGUUGGAGGUCUCAGCUGGCAGACGUCAUCAGAAAAGCUGAAGGAAUAUUUUGGGAUGUUUGGAACUGUUACAGAUGUUUUGAUUAUGAAAGACCCAGUGACACAGAGGAGCCGUGGCUUUGGUUUCAUCACAUUUGAGGAUCCACAGACUGUUGAGAAAGUGCUCAAAGUGCCAAUACACACACUGGAUGGCAAAAAGAUUGAUCCAAAACAUGCUACACCGAAGAACAGGGGCAAAGUCACCAACCGGACCAAGAAAAUAUUUGUAGGUGGUGUGAGCCAAGACACAUCAUCUGAUGAAGUGAAAGCAUAUUUCAAUCAGUUUGGAAAAGUCGAAGAAACUGUAAUGCUGAUGGACCAGCAAACAAAACGUCACCGAGGAUUCGGUUUCGUCACGUUUGAAGAUGAAGACACGGUAGACCGUGUCUGUGAGAUUCACUUCCAUACCAUCAAAAAUAAGAAAGUAGAAUGCAAACGUGCACAGCCUAAAGAAGCUGUUCAAAGUGCUCUACUGGGAAAGAGAGUAGUUUUGGGUCCUCUGGGUGUCCGGGUAGGUGCAGCACCACCUCUAACCCCUGCUGGACAGCUGGCUGCAGCACAGGUUCAUGUACAAGCUGCCGCCCAAGUGCAGAAUGCAGCAGCCCUGGCUGGUUAUGGAAAACUCUUUGGAGCAUACCCAGCACUGGCAAGUUACCGCUAUGCUCCGUAUCCCUUACCAGCUGCCGCAGCCGCUCCUGCUCCGGCUCCUACUACUGCAGCCGCAGCCGCCGCUGCUGCUGCCACACCGGCCCUGGCUCCUCCAACUGCUUUACCAGCCAACCCCUACCAGGGCUACAGUCUGACCAACGUCGAUAUGUCUAGCUUCCAAGGUGUGGACUGGGGGUCCAUGUACGGAAUGGGAAUGUACGUCUGAAGUGUGCCAUUCCUUGCAAUUUGCUACAGGAGGUUUUGUAAAAUUGUAGUGCGAGUGUGACUUGUGAGCGUCAGCUCCCUAUCCUGUAACCUUUAAUCUUUUUUUUUAGAAGAAAUUGUGAAUAGCAAGUGAAUAGUGGUGCCACUUUUGGUCUAGGAAAAAAGUAGAAAAAUUAUUAGUACCCUCCCCCACUCCACCCUACCCAGAUUCCUUCUUGUUACAGGCACAAUAUUGCAUGCCCGCUUGCUCACAAUACUGUUCCAACAUGGACUGAUGAGCAUCCCUAGCAUUAAGCAAUAACUUGCAAUAAGCAGUAUUAUUGUCGUCUUGAUAAACAUCUUCCUCUGUAACUCGUUCAGAUGGAGAAUCCUCCUAUGGAACACUGUCUGCAUGCAAGGCAAAGCCCAAAAUUUGAUAUCAGCUCUGUAACGGAGGAGUGAUGUCUCCUGAUAUGAAAGUGACGGCAGCCCACAUAUUAUGGGCUGUAAGAUAACUCUUAUUAAAGGCUGCUUUUCAGUGUCAAAUUGCGUUUAGGGUCUGGUAUGUGCAAUGGUAAUUAAUUACCAUCGCUAAAUUUGGUAGGAAAAAUAACUAUCUUUUGAGUAAAAAUUAAAAUGCCAUCGUGAUAGAUUCUUCCAUUUGAGAAGUAUUAACAGAUCUCAAACUCUUUUGUUCUUUGUUGCCACUUUAAAGAGGCACAGUGGCAUAACAACAAAGUAUAUGCAUUUACCUGUGGGGGCAUGUUUUGAAAUUCCUUUGAAACUUUUUGUGCCAGCAAAAACUUAAAUCCUGUUGAUCCAACAGCUGCAGCUUAUAAAUCUUGCUAAAUGAGACUGUUUCCCUUGAAAGAACUGCAAGUUGCAGUAUCUAGUCAGGAGGCUGAAGUGGCCUCGCACUUCCCACAUUAUCUCUCAUCUAAGCAUAAGUAAUUGUAAUUGUAAUGUGUCCCAUCGAUGUUCCACAGUGAAUUUAGUGUAGAAUAGUUCUAUUGGAGGACUGAGUAUUAUUUAUGUACCAACCGAAAUUGUUUGUUGUUCAAAUGUAAAAAAAUCUUACAUACGUACAUUUGUUCAUUCACCUGUCAACAUUCCAUAGUUCAUGUACCAUGUCAAAAUUGCAUGAGGGACUUGUGUAUCUCUCAUUAUUAUGCAUCGAUUUUUCAACAUGUGAGAUUUGCGGACCAAUAAUUAACAGGAGCUCCGACUGUUCCUGCAGUGAAACUAAGAGCAUGUAUGCUGCCUUUUUAUUACUCCCCUGGGAGUAAUUUCUCCAUGCUGUCUGUUCCCUGAGGGCAGGUGUUGAAAUGUUACUAGUUGCUUUAAGGUUACUAAUAUUUAUUUGUAAGAAUGUAUUUUAUUUUCCUGUGUUCAUUUUUUAAAUUUUUUUUAAGUAUGUGGUUAAGAGAUGUCGCCAAAUUGAAAAGCGGAAUAACUACUUUAAGUUCCUACCAUUUUGUUUUUACUGAACUGAUGUUUGAUGUUCCCAGUGCUUGUAGGGUUUGCUCUUAGUUUCGCCUGCAUCAUAAGAUGACAGUGGAAAUUGUAGGCAUAAUUUGAAAUGCCUGCAGGUCACAAAUGUAUGGUCACAAGUGUGCUUUGCCUCUAUAGAGGUUAAAAUUUUUUUGAGUGUUAAAUCCUUUUGUAAUACUGUAGAUACAACUGCCUACAUGAAAAUCGGGAACUGCAGGUAUUAUUACUCUGUGUAUACAUGAUAGUCUUUCCCAACUCUGAAGUACUUUUUGAACAUUCUCUGCAAAACCCAAGACAUGGACUUCUACAGCCCAUGAUCACAGUUAUAGGAAAACUUACAGCAAUUUUGGUUUAACUUAAAACUUCAUUUGUUAGCUUUACAGGUGUAGAUAAACAAUGCAAUACAUUGUUUUCUGUGUCAGGUUGUGUUGUGAUGAUAUGUAUGUUUUCUUGCAAAGUGUGACCAGUAAUGUAAUUUGUUCUUUAACGGAAAAAAAGCGUUCUGUAUGUUCUUUUGUAGUGAUAAUUCAAAGACUGAGGCAGGUGUUUCUUACGAAUACAUGUAUAGUUGAAGUUUUUGUUUGUAUCCUAGAAUGGAUGUAAGACUGGAUGCUAAUAAAGCAGCCAGCUUUCAUAGGGUAAGAUAAAGGGUUUUCGCAGAGAAUUAAUCCCAAGCAGAAGGGAGAUAUGAGUACAUUUGUGAUAUAAUUUAUAAGCUUGUUAAGCUUAGCAAGUAAUUUAAUUUGUCAGUAAAAGUUAAAUUUAUUUUCCAUGGUGCCAUUUACCAUGCUCAUAACUCCGAUAUUAAUGGUUAUAUCUACUCUUUGUUCAUAUGUUCCUUUUGCUUGGGUGACAAUACCCUUUUAUAAUAUUAAAACAGCAAUAAGUGUUUUAAGGAAAGAAAGGAUGAAACCCUCUAUUUUUGUAUUUAAUUCUAAAUGAUAAGAGCAAAUAAAGUUUGUAUUUUUUCUUUGAAAGUCUCUCUUGUGGUGUUCAUGCAGGCACCACAAUGAAGGAAAAUAUUUUAAAAGAGAGGGUUGGUCUGAAAACAGAAAAAACAACAAAAAACAGAACUAUGUACUCCUUAUCCUUACUUCUACUAGUUAUUUCUGUUUUUGGUGGUUUGUCGUAUUUUAAAAGUUGUAGUAAUAAGUACACUUUACUAGUUCCUUAGUGUUAGAUGUUUUUUGUAGUCUGUGUGUAGUAGUAGUGGGGCUGGAUGGACUGCCAUCUGGUAGCAAAUACUUGCACUUGUAGAGCAGUUCUGAAUAAAGUAGUUUCAUAGUA